UUAAAAUAAUGUUACAUAUUUUUGUUUCGUUUAAUGCACUUCUCGCAGACUUACGCUACACGUAAUGAAGAAAUUCCAAUUCAUUAAUGUCUUUGCUGAUCAAACGUCUGCACCUAAUAGACCAGCGAUGCUGUUGCCAGUGUUUGUGCUACGUCUGCUGGCAGCUAUUGGUGAUGUAGAAGCGCAGUUGGCACGCAAUCGAAACGCAUUGACCAAGACCCAGAGUAUAGAGGAGUGCAUCAAUGGGAUGCACGUGCAGAAUGCCAAUCUAAGGAAGAUUGUCGAAUGCCUGGCACGCUCAACAAACGCCUUUCUAGAGGAUACACAGUGGAAACUGGAUUUGUUAGAGCAUCGUUUGGAUAGACUGAAAACAAUGCAAUCACCUGGCGUCUAUGUGCCUUCACCAUAUGUGCAUAUCGAUGAUGUGCUCCAAAUCGAAGGCAGUGUGGCCGGCUAUAGCUGUGUGGCCAAGUUGCAAGUGCUGCAGGCCAUACGACGAAAGCUGGAGCACUCGCAUCUGAUGAAUGGCAGGCCAAGCACACUAUUUGCCUGGCCUUUGUCACGGGCACCGACAUCAAAUAUGGCGCAGUCAACGGGCAGCAAAAUUGAUGGGCAUUCGAUUAACGAGGCCAACGCAUCGUCACACGAAGUUCAAGAGCUGAGCUGCCUCCUCGGUCGGGCCAUAAAGAAGUACGCGAAACGCAAUCUUGGCUAAUGAAAUGCGGCGCCCUUAAAUCAUUUAAGCCGCGAAAGCCUUUGUUUGGCCCCAUCGAGGCAGAAGGUGAAACUGCAUUUAAAUUGUAAAUAAAUAUGUGAGCACAGUUGCUUCUGGUGCUGCUGUUGCUGGAAAAACAACUGACAGAGUCAUCCAAUCAACGCACUGAAGUGCAGCGUGAAGCCAGCACGGCAGUCACACGCGGCGUAUGAGUGUUGUGCCUGCUGUAGAUUUAUGUCGAGUCCCAACGGAGGCCACAGACAACACACACAACACAGCUGGCACAGUUUUUAAAGCCCAAUUGUUGCAGCACAAUGUUGGACAUUUUGAAGUCGAGUUGCAUGCAAAUGUGGCAAGUGGCAAGAGGCAGAAGGCAGGAGGCAGAGAAUUAGUGAUGUGCUUUAAGUAAUUGCUUAGAAGUCGCGCAACAUGCGGCACAGUAAUAACAAUAAUAACACUACGAUAAUAACGCGCAAUGAGGCACGCAGCCAGUAGCUGUUCCUGUUGUUGUUACUGUUGCUGUUGCACUUGCCACGGAGAUUCUGCCGCCAUUUCAUGUGGCCUACUGAGGGGCUCGACUUGGCAACGGCUGCGUUGCAUUUCCCCAUUCCC